GGGGCCGGGCCUGCUGCCUGACGUCUGCGGGGCUCGGAAGAUGGCUGCGGAGCUGAGCACCGGGCAGUGGCUGCGGCGGCUGCAGGCGGGGAGUGCAGCGGGCGGGGGCUCCGCCUCGCGCGUGGGGCGCUGAGUCGGGAGGCGCGGAGGCGGUGAGGGCGCACCGGGGGGCUCAGGGGGCCGCUCGGUGCCACCUGCCCGCCACCUGCCGCACCAUGGGCAGCGCAGAGGACGCGGUCAAAGAAAAGCUGCUGUGGAACGUGAAGAAGGAGGUGAAACAAAUCAUGGAGGAGGCUGUCACCAGGAAAUUCGUGCAUGAAGAUAGCAGCCACAUCAUUGCUCUGUGUGGUGCUGUGGAGGCUUGCCUCCUACAUCAGCUAAGACGCCGUGCUGCUGGCUUUCUGCGAAGUGACAAGAUGGCAGCCCUGUUCACCAAAGUAGGGAAGACAUGCCCCGUGGCUGAAGAUAUCUGCCACAAGGUGCAGGAGCUGCAGCAACAGGCAGAGGGCAGGAAACCCUCGGGAGGCAGCCAAGAAGCCCUUCGGAAACAGGGCUCUACCAGUGGGAAGGCCCCAGCUCUCAGCCCACAGGCCUUGAAGCACAUAUGGGUACGCACAGCACUCAUGGAGAAAGUUCUGGACAGGGUUGUACAGUACCUGGCCGAAAACUGCAGCAAGUAUUACGAGAAGGAAGCACUGUUGGCAGAUCCUGUGUUUGGCCCAAUCCUGGCAUGUCUCCUAGUGGGACCCUGUGCCUUGGAAUACACGAAGCUCAAGACAGCUGAUCACUACUGGACUGACCCCUCUGCUGAUGAGCUGGUUCAGAGGCACCGUAUCCGGGGUCCCCCUAACCGUCAGGACUCCCCGGCAAAGCGCCCUGCCCUGGGGAUCCGGAAGCGCCACUCUAGUGGGAGUGCCUCAGAAGACCGGCUUGCUGCCUGCGCCCGUGAGUACGUGGAGUCUCUGCACCAGAACUCAAGAACACGCCUGCUCUAUGGCAAGAACAACGUGCUGGUGCAGCCGAAGGAGGACAUGGAGGCAGUCCCUGGCUACCUCUCCCUGCACCAGUCUGCAGAGAACCUAACCCUGAAGUGGACUCCCAACCAACUCAUGAACGGGACUCUCGGGGACUCUGAGCUAGAGAAGAGUGUUUACUGGGACUAUGCCUUGGUGGUGCCCUUCAGUCAGAUCGUCUGCAUCCACUGCCACCAGCAAAAGAGCGGUGGCACGCUUGUGCUGGUGAGCCAGGAUGGCAUCCAGAGGCCGCCACUACACUUCCCACAGGGAGGACACCUGCUGUCCUUCCUGUCAUGUCUGGAGAAUGGGCUGCUGCCUCGUGGACAGCUUGAGCCCCCGCUGUGGACCCAGCAGGGAAAGGGCAAGGUUUUCCCCAAGCUACGGAAACGCAGCAGCAUUCGGUCCAUUGAUGUGGAGGAGCUGGGUGUCGGACGGGCAACGGACUACGUGUUCCGGAUCAUCUACCCUGGACAUAGGCACGAGCAUAUCACUAUUAACUACCACCACCUAGCGGCCAGCCGAGCGGCCUCGGUGGACGAUGAUGAGGAAGAGGAGGAUAAACUACACGCGAUGCUCUCAAUGAUCUGCUCGCGGAACCUCACAGCUCCCAAUCCGAUGAAAGAUGCUGGCGACAUGAUUGAGAUGCAGGGUUUCGGACCCAGCCUAACAGCCUGGCACCUAGAGCCCCUGUGUAGCCAGGGCUCCUCCUGCCUUUCCUGCUCCUCCAGUAGCUCCCCAUAUGCAACCCCCAGUCACUGCAGCUGCAUUCCUGACAGGUUGCCCCUCCGGCUGCUGUGUGAGAGCAUGAAGAGGCAGAUUGUGUCCCGGGCCUUCUACGGCUGGCUAGCCUACUGUCGCCACCUGUCCACAGUGAGGACACACCUGUCUGCAUUGGUGCAUCAUAACAUCAUUCCACCAGACAGGCCCCCGGGGGCGUCCGGUGGCCUCACCAAGGAUGUGUGGAGCAAGUAUCAGAAGGACGAAAAGAACUACAAGGAGCUGGAGCUGCUGCGGCAGGUGUACUAUGGAGGCGUGGAACACGAGAUUCGCAAGGACGUCUGGCCCUUCCUGCUUGGCCACUACAAGUUUGGCAUGAGCAAGAAGGAGAUGGAGCAGGUGGAUACAGCAGUGGCAGCAAGGUACCAGCAGGUGUUGGCAGAGUGGAAGGCCUGUGAGGUAGUGGUGAGGCAGCGGGAGCGGGAGGCUCACCCAGCCACCCUCACCAAGUUCUCCUCGGGCAGCAGCAUCGAUAGCCACGUGCAGCGCCUUGUGCACCGGGAUUCCACCAUCAGCAAUGAUGUGUUUAUCUCUGUGGAUGAUCUCGAGCCCUCUGGACCUCAGGACCCAGAAGAUUCCAAACCAAAGCAGGAACAGGACCCAGGAGCUGGGACCCCGGGCAUAGCAGCUGCAGAGCAGCAGUCUGUGGAGUUUGACUCUCCAGACUCAGGGCUGCCUUCCUCCCGAAACUACUCUGUGGCCUCAGGCAUCCAGUCCAGCUUAGAUGAGGCACAGAGUGUGGGCUUUGAAGACGACGGCACUGGAGAAGAUGGCUCCGAGGGUCCAGCCAUUGCAGCCCACACUUUCCCGGGACCCCACGAUCCAGGCCAGGAGACGCUUGCACCUGCCAGUGAGCUUGAAGCAGGCCAGGAGCUUGCAGCUGUGUGCGCCGCAGCCUAUACUAUAGAAUUACUGGACACCGUGGCCUUAAAUCUGCACCGCAUAGACAAGGAUGUGCAGAGAUGUGACCGCAACUACUGGUACUUCACGACCUCCAACCUCGAGAGGCUCAGAGACAUCAUGUGCAGCUACGUGUGGGAGCACCUGGAUAUGGGCUACGUGCAGGGCAUGUGUGAUCUCCUGGCACCUCUCCUGGUCAUCCUUGACAAUGACCAGCUGGCCUACAGCUGCUUCAGCCACCUCAUGAAGAGGAUGGGCCAGAACUUCCCCAGUGGGGGUGCCAUGGACAGCCACUUUGCCAACAUGCGCUCCCUCAUCCAGAUCUUGGACUCAGAGCUAUUUGAGCUGAUGCAUCAAAAUGGAGACUAUACCCACUUCUAUUUCUGUUAUCGCUGGUUCCUACUGGAUUUUAAAAGAGAGCUGCUGUAUGAGGACGUGUUCGCAGUGUGGGAAGUGAUCUGGGCAGCCAGGCGCAUCUCCUCAGAGCACUUUGUCCUGUUCAUUGCCCUGGCCCUGGUGGAGGCCUACAGAGAGAUUAUCCGUGACAACAACAUGGACUUCACCGACAUCAUCAAAUUCUUCAACGAGCGGGCUGAGCGGCAUGAUGCCCAGGAGAUCCUGCGGAUUGCCCGGGACUUGGUCCACAAGGUGCAGAUGCUCAUAGACAACAAGUGACGGCUGCAGCCGGGGGUGGCAAAGUGCAGAGCCCAGGUACCAGGCCCCUGAGCUCCAGCAGGGAGAGGCAGAGGCCAUCAUAGCCCAAACUGCCUCUCCCGAUCCCUUAUCCCCACCCUCACCCCCGCCAACCCCACCCACUCAGCUGUGUAACCUAACAAAGUGACUGAGCCUGGGAUGUGAGUGUGGGCAGUGCUGGCCCUGCAGGGCAAGUUGGGGUCAGGAUGCCUGCAGAUCACAGCUGGGUAGGAGGGGUCGGCCUCAGGAGACUGGCUGCCUUGGGGGAUGCCUUCUGUGUUCCCCUUUCAAACAACUUAGAAUAGCUCCAGUGCCACCUGCAGCCUCAGCCUGGACUGUUUCCCAAUGCCUCUUUCCUGUCAAUCUGGGGCCCUGUAUGGUUAGUGGGGUCUACAGUGGCCCGCGCCUCAUCUAACAAGAGUUGCGUAGGAUCAGGGGCUCUGUGCCAUAUCUCUCCUGAGGCCUUCUAUGGUCUCAACUAGCUGCCUGUUCAGGCAUGUGUUCUAGGGGCAGGAGACCUUGGCUACCUCCCAGGCUCUCCUAAGACUCUGGGGCAGUCAGAUGUGGGCCCUGGGUGAGAGCGGCCCACCUCAGCAGCACUGCCACAGCCUCUGGCCACGAGAUUAACCCCAUGAUCUCCCCACACUACACAGUGACCCACCCACUCGUGUGUACAGUGUCACUCUCUGCACCCUGCCCUUGCUUUCUGCACUAGAAAUCCCUAGGACUGCACAUAAGCAACACACUCGCCGCCCGCUGUGUGGUGUGGAGGGCAGUGACUGUGCUUGCCCUCCAGAACCACCCCAGAGAGUAUAGGAAGACAGUCCUAUCACAACCUUCCUCCAAAGACAGGCCUGUGAGUUCCGGGGUACCUGUUAUCUAUUCCAGACAUCUGAGUUCCUGGGGCUGAGGGAGGUGGGAGUGCCUGGAUAGUCCCAGUUCAUCCCCAGGGAGAGGCAAGGCCAGCUCCACUUUCCAUAGGCUUCUCAGGGUCCUGAGAAGCCUAGAGACCCAGAAGGGCCUUUGGAAGAGUUUACAGGGUUGUCGAUAAAGGUCCAACCCUUGACCUGAGGUCUAGGCAUGCUGCUUCUUUGUUCUGUCACCCCCAUGUCCCCACCAUCUGAGCACAUGUAAGCCAAGUCUGGGCCCUGGAGCCCACACCUGGCCUGGCUCCUGCCUAGUAGUCACCAAGGUCCAUAGACUUGGUGCAGCUGAAAAACACAAGAAAGGACCAGCCGCAUUCUGCACAUAGCACAGCCUUCCCUGUCCCCUACCCCACCCCGGGUACUGCACAGUCUUUGUGGGGCCAGCCUACCCUGUUGCCCAUCCUUGUUCCUGACUCCUCAGUCUCCACCAAGCACGGGUGGCCAAUGUGUGCCUGCCUUAGUGACUCUGGUUUUGUGAGGAGCAGAGUGUAUGGGGUUUGGGGUUUUGUUUGUUUGUUCAUUUGGUUGGUUGGUUUUUGUUUUGCUCAGAAACUAUACUCUUCAAUGUAACAGACUAUAAUAAAAUGCAUUUGGCAAUGCC